UUUUUAUUAUGCCAGCUGCCAUUCCUCAUUGGCUGUCACCACUAACCCCCGUUCAAUAAUAUUUUCAUUUUUUCGUGUGUUUUGAUUUUUCGUUUAUUUUGGUAAACACAAGAAGAGAGGAGUCUGAACCGCGGUAUUAAAAUAUUUAUCCUUAAAAAAUCCAGCAACAAGGAAAAAUGUCGAACGCUGUGCAAGAUUAUGUUUACUUAUACGAAUUGCUGAUGAACAAAAACAUUGAGCACCAGCCAUUCGAACUUAUUUCAGCGGUAGUUCAGCACCGCUUUAACCACGGGAACUACUUAAGCGUGGGCACUCUUCUGACUCUGCUAAUCCGCCAUGGUGACCUGCCGGGCAUUUUGCAACGCAUCAGCGCGUUCUACAUAAUCUAUGAUCUCUUUCACUCGGACGGGCAGGAAGAGAGCCCGUUCUCGGAAUUCCUGCUGGCCCAGCUGCACAACAAGGACAUGAGCGCUGGGCGGCAAAUAGAGAGAAACUUCAUUGUUCACCUGCUGGCCAACGGAACAUCCGAACUGGGAAAACAAACCCCAGGACACAUCCUCAAAUCAGAGCUCUUUCCCACCACUCUGGACCUGUCGUUUUUCAAAUCGCAGUCGUGCGAACGACAGCGAGAAAUUCCAGCUGCUGCACGUUCGGGUGUCAUGAAUUGUGCAGCAGCUGGAACUGGCAUCCCAAAUCCCCCCGGCCAAGAGUCGACGGUGCGCGAGAUGAUGGAGGGCCUGACAUUAACCGAUGUCAGUCCGCUUAACAACUCUUUAAUGCCGCAAAUGUAUUCUGUCGCCCCACCACUAAUGAACUUCGAGGACGAGCUGGUGUGGUUCGAUCUAACUGUACCUUCGUACCAUAAGCCGAUGUUUGAUUCGACAAAUGAUAUCGGCGCCCAGGCCAAGCGGCUGAUUGAGCGCGCCCUAACGCAGGCUUUAAGUCUUCCCGAUCAGCAGCUUUUGUUGGACGAAUUGAAAAGGGAUCCAAAUUUAGUUUACCAAAUUGGAUUGACUCCAGCAAAGUUACCCCAAUUGGUUGAAAAUAAUCCAAUUAUUUCCAUCGAAAUUCUUCUAAAACUAAUGGACUCCAUGCAAAUCACUGAAUAUCUCAAUGUUCUAGUUAAUAUGGAGAUUACCUUGCACUCAAUGGAAGUUGUGAAUAGACUUACAACCUCAGUUGAUUUACCGACCGAAUUCGUCCAUCUCUAUAUAAGCAAUUGCAUCUCAACUUGUGAGACAGUUAAGGAUAAGUAUAUGCAAACAAGAUUGGUUCGUCUGGUGUGCGUCUUUCUUCAGAGUUUGAUACGCAACAAGAUUAUCAAUGUUAAGGAUCUAUUUAUUGAGGUACAAGCCUUUUGUGUGGGUUUCAGUAACACCAAGGAAGCUGUCGGCUUAUAUCGUUUGCUCAAGCAUUUGGAAAUGGACGAAGGCCAACAAAACAAUGGAAAUCCAAAAUAGAAAGGCACCAGCCAUCAUCAUCCAACAACCAACAACAACAAAAAAACCCAUCAAACAAAACAAAAAAAGCAACAAAAACAAUUACAUAGAAAUGCAUAAUGCUACUCUUUUAAAAUUUUAUUAAAAAUAUAAACUAAUGCAUAA